AUGGCAGUUAAUGGGAUACGCAACCCGUUCGCGUAUCACCCAUGGAGGGAGAAGCGGUCGUUCGAAGCGAUGUUUGACGCCCUCGAAGCAGACAUAGUCAUCUUUCAGGAAGCAAAGGUCCAAAAGAAGGAUUUGCAAGAUGACAUGGUCCUUGUCAAUGGCUGGGAUUGGUAUUCUGGAGUUGUCAUAUAUACACGGAACUCUAAAUGUUGCCCCAUAAGGGCCGAAGAGGGAAUCACGGGUAUCCUUUGCCCACCAGGGUCUUCGUCUACUAGCCCUUUUCCUGCUCUUACGUCUUUUCGUGACAUGCCGGAAGAGCAGCAGAUUGGUGGCUAUCCCACUCCUGAACAGCUGGCACUUUCAAAUAUAGAUGCAGCCACGCUGGACUCUGAAGGACGGUGUGUGAUAUUAGAGUUUCCAGCUUUCGUUUUACUUGGUGUCUAUUGCCCUGCGAACAGAGACGAGAUGCGAGAUGGGUUUCGAAAAGCCUUUGUAAAUGCGGUCGAUGCUCGUGUUCGGAACCUAGUUGGCAUGGGGAAGCGAGUGAUUUUGACGGGAGACUUAAAUAUAUCCGGCUCUGAGAUCGACUCAGCACGUGCCCUUGAAGAAAUAAGGAAAGGUACGACGACAAAUUCAGAAUUUGUAUCAGCGCCCGUUCGUCGUAUCUUUAAUCAGCUUGUCAGUGGUGGGAAAGUCAUUGGAGAUAGAGACCAGGGAAGGGAAACACCCGUCCUGGUGGAUUUGUGUAGAGAGUACCACCCUGAUCGACGAGGUAUGUAUACUUGCUGGGAGCAGAGGGUCAAUGCUAGACCUGGAAAUUAUGGGUCGCGAAUCGAUUAUGUCCUCUGCAGUCUAAUUAUGCGAGACUGGUUUUGUGCGUCGAAUAUUCAGGAGGGUCUAAUGGGCUCUGACCACUGUCCGGUUUAUGCUGAUAUCAAGGACAAGGUGUCGCUCGACGACAUGGAAGUUCACAUCCUCGAUGUUUUGAACCCAGAUGGUAUGUUUGUAAACGGAGAGCGGAAGAAGGAGUACUCGUCCGCAGACGUCCUGCCACUCUCGGGUAGAUUAAUUCCUGAAUUUUGUCAGCGAAGAAGUAUCAGAGAUAUGUUGUUUCGACAAAGUUCGAAGGGAGCGAGCCAGGGUGACGUAAACUCUGCUGGCGUCACCAACCCUCCGGUACCCCAGAAGGAUACCCUCGGAACUAACAUUUCUGGGCCAGCUUCACCCAGUACCUCUACCACACCUAAACGGUCUCAACAAGGAGAUGAUGGUACUACUUCGCGAUCUAAACGUUUGAAGCGAAGCCAGUCUUCGGCCAUCGCUACCGCGCGGACGAAAGGGCAAAAAAGCUUAAAAGGAUUUUUUGGUCUCAAAGGAUCCGGUUCUACUGCAGAUGAUCAAACGAAUUCGCCGAAGGUUUCAGAUCCGGUGGCAGUUGGAAAUGAACAACAAGAAGCAGCGAAAAGCCCUCUAGACAUCACCUAUUCUUGCCCACCCGGUGACGGUUGUGGACCCGAAGAUGAUGAAACUCAAGGGCAACAGCAAGAAGCGGCUGAGCCACUGGCAAACGGUGGAGAUAGUAAUGAUGAUUGCAUCGUGCAUGAUCCAAUCGCCAACAAAGAAUCGUGGUCAAGAAUCUUUACGAAGAAGCCCGCGCCAAGGUGCUCAGGACAUCAUGAGCCUUGCAUCAGUCUUGUAACGAAAAAGGCAGGGAUCAACUGUGGGCGGUCGUUCUGGAUCUGUGCUAGACCCCUCGGCCCAUCUGGAGUUAAGAAGACAGGCGAUCAGUGGCGUUGCGAUACUUUUAUCUGGUCUAGUGAUUGGAAUGGACCGAAAUGA